GACGACGGCUCGGGCCUUUCCGGGGGGAGCCGGGAGUUGUAGGCUACGGAAGGUGGCUGCCGCCCAGAGAGGCACGCCGGGAAUUGUGGUCCCAGGGAGGGGCGGCUGGCCCAGACCCGGCUCCCGUCUCACCCGCAUGGCGGCUGCGACUCGCGGCUGCCGGCCCUGGGGCUCGCUCCUCGGGUUGCUAGGGCUGGUCUCGGCCGCGGCCGCCGCCUGGGACCUGACUUCGCUGCAUUGCCACUUCGGCACCUUCUGCGAAUGUGACUUCCAGCCCGACUUUCAGGGUCUGGAGUGUGACCUGGCUCAGCACCUGGCCGGCCAGCACUUGGCCAAGGCAUUGGUGGUGAAGGCACUGAAGGCCUUCGUGCAGGACCCAGCCCCCACCAAGCCACUGGUCCUCUCCCUGCAUGGCUGGACAGGCACUGGCAAGUCCUACGUUAGCUCCCUUCUGGCGCACUAUCUCUUCCGGGGUGGCCUCCGCAGCCCCCAUGUUCACCACUUUUCCCCCAUCAUCCACUUCCCCCAUGCCAGCCACAUGGAGCGCUACAAGAAAGAUCUUAAGAGCUGGGUCCAGGGAAACCUCACAGCCUGCAGCCGCUCCCUCUUCCUCUUUGACGAGAUGGACAAGCUGGCCCCAGGCCUGAUAGAGGUCCUGCUACCUUUCCUGGGCUCCUCCUGGGUUGUGUUUGGGACCAACUAUCGCAAAGCCAUCUUCAUCUUCAUCAGCAACACUGGUGGCGAGCAGAUCAACCAGGUGGCCCUGGAGGCGUGGCGUGGCCGCCGGGACCGGGAGGAGAUCCGCCUGCAGGAGCUGGAGCCCGUCAUCUCCCAGGCUGUGCUGGACAACCCACACCGCUUUGGCGCUCCUGGCUGUCAUGCAACCUCCCUGAGCCCACCACAGACCCUUCCCACAUUGCCCCUUCCUGCAGAUGGCUUCUGGCGCUCAGGCAUCAUGGAAGAGCGUCUCCUAGACGUCCUGGUGCCCUUCCUACCACUGCAGCGGCACCACGUGCGGCACUGCGUGCUCAACGAGCUGGCCCAGCUGGGCCUGGAGCCAAGGGAGGAGGUCCUCCAGGCCGUGCUGGAGAGCACCACCUUCUUCCCUGAGGAAGAACAGCUCUUUUCCUCCAAUGGCUGCAAGACUGUGGCCUCCAGAAUUGCCUUUGUCCUCUGACUCUCCAGAUGGCGUCCUUGCUCUCUUCUCCCUGGCCAGGCUGUGCAGGAAAGCCCUGGGGCCCCUGCACUCCUGGAGAGUGAGACCCAGAGCCCAAAGUGAAGAUGAGGAGGCAUGCUGGCUAGGCCAUGGGACAGAGAGCCCUGGCCUCUUUACUGGUCUGAGGGUCUCUUGGCCUUUGCUUCCUUCCCUGGAGAAACCACUGGUGACCCCAGAACUUCAAUGAGCCUUGCCGUUGCCCUCCAGCCUAAGCCUUCUUAAAAUGUGAAUUGUAACUCAGGGACUCUGGCUCAUGGCUGCUCUCUCCCUCUUCGGAUGGUUACUCUUGGCCCCUUGCUCUGGCACCAUACUCUGAAGCCUCCAUUGCACACCCUGUGUCCCAGUACUGUAAGGCCAGGCUGAGACUUCUCAGUCUUCAUGAACAGAGGGACUCAAGCUGCCACUUGGGCCUGGUUUUUAAAGUCUUUAAUUUUAUAAGAGAACAAAUACAAUAAACUUAGCCAUGGGACCAGAAGAAUGUUGGCUGAGGUAUCUAACUGCUCUGGAAGGAGGCUAUUUUGCUGGGGGCCAGUGAGUGUGUGUGGGGGUUAGAAUCUCUUCCAUACCCAGCAAGAAGCGAGGGGGCUGAAUGGCCCCUUCAGGGAGCAGUGUAACUGCUGGGCCAGUCUUGAUUUUUCU